UGUAUACCACGUGUAUCCCGUACAUACGACUAAUAAAACUUGAAACUAGAUAGCUAGCAGCACUGAUGCGACCGCCAUUAAAAUCUCAAUCUAUUCUCCCCGUUCCCUCCUGGCUUCCUGUUUGCCAUUCUACUACUCUACCAUGUGACACGCGCUAGCCUGUUAUAACCACACACGUGUUUCCUGUUCUCUUCCAGGCGCUGAGGAUGACAUGAGGGAGCCAACCUGGGAGUGUCCGGAGGUCCGAGCCCUCUCUCUUCUCCUUCUCUCCUCCUCUCUUUCUGCCCACUACCUCUGUGUGUGACGGUCAUGAAUUAGGGUUGGUGUGAGCCCACCCUCCCUUCCUUGGAGCACUGCGUCUUGGAGACAGUGCUUCAAUCGCCCUGCUUACAUGAGCCAGCAGGAUGCGGCUGCGGUCCUUGCACUCUCUGAGCGCCUCCUUGUAGCCUCGCACAAGGGCCAGGCCGACAAUGUGGUCCAGCUCAUCAACAAGGGCGCCAAAGUAGCCGUCACCAAGUACGGCAGAAGUCCCCUGCAUCUGGCCUCCUAUAAGGGCCACACCGAGGUUGUGCGCAUUCUCCUGAAGGCCGACUGCGAUCUGGACAUCCAGGACGAUGGUGAGCAGACGGCCUUACACCGGGCAGCCGUGGUGGGAAACAGUGAUGUUAUCUCUGCCCUCAUCCAGGAAGGGUGUGCUCUGGACAGACAGGACAAGGACGGUAACACUGCUUUGCAUGAGGUCUCGUGGCACGGCUUCAGCCAGUCUGUCAAACUGCUUGUCAAGGCCGGAGCCAACGUUCACUCAAAAAACAAGGCAGGGAACACAGCCCUCCACCUGGCCUGUCAGAACGGCCACGCUCAGAGCUCCAAGGUCCUGCUGUUAGGUGGCUCCAGGCCCGACAGCAAGAACCAUGUGGGUGACACGUGUCUGCAUGUGGCGGCCCGUUACAACCACGUGUCCAUGCUCCGCGUCCUCCUGGGAGCCUUCUGUUCCGUGGCAGAGAAGAACCAGGCUGGGGACACACCACUGCAUGUUGCAGCAGCGCUGAAUCAUAAGAAAACGGUGCGGCUUCUGCUAGAGGCUGGAACAGAGAGCAGCAUCCGCAACAACGCAGGCCAGACUGCACUGGACCAGGCCAGAGACCACAACAACCCAGACAUAGCUCUGCUUCUGACCAAAGCACCUCAGGUCCAGAGCUUCACCCGAGGCAGGAUUGUGAGGAAGAGGAGGGACAAGCUGAAGGCUGAGCGCCGGGCACAGUCUGUGCCCAGGGAUGAGAUGCUCCCCAGGAAGGACAGUGCAUCUGCUGCCGACGACACCCACAGCAGCGACCUCGUCGCCCGCAAACACGAGGUGGUCGAGGCGAGCGCCAGCAAGAGCACAAACAGGAAGCUCAAAGAGAAGCCCUCGCUCUCCGACCCCCUCCGCCGGAGAGAGAACAAACACGGAAAGAAGAGGCGGGGCCAACGGCGUGGCUCCUCCCCCCAGCCCCCACCUCACAAUUACAAGGCCUAUCAGCUGUACACUCUGUACCGCGGCAAGGAUGGCAAGAUCAUGCAGGCACCUAUCAAUGGCUGCCGCUGUGAGCCUUUGAUCAUCAAGCUGGAGAACCAGCUGGAGGCCACCAAGGAGGAGAUGAAGACGGAGAUCCACACGGUGCAGGACCUGAUGAACAACAAGAUGGGACAGUUGGACCGCAAGAACAAACAUCAGAUCCGUGCCCUAGAUAAGAUGACAGUAGAGAGAGUUUCAGCGCAGAGGACAGAGUGCCAACACAGGAUCGACCAGAGGGCCAUGCAGGAGAGACAGGAGGGGGAGAAGAGACAGCAGGCAUCAGUGGUGAACGAGCUGAAAAACUGGUGCAUGGCCAAGCUCCAGAACAUUGAGAUGCGUUUCACUGGAGACCCCCGCAACGCCAAGCUGCGUCAGUCCUCGUCCAUGGCUGAAGGCCUGUGUGAGAUGGAACCUGGGAGCCUCACUGUGUUGCCUGCAGGGGGGCCUGGGUGCAGCGUCGAGUGUCUGGCCCCCCACACCACUGACUUCACCGAGGGAGACCCCAACACGGCCGCCACAGGGGACCCCUCAGCCAAUCACAACUUUGGGGUUCAGGUGGACAGCUCUCCAGACGGUGGUAAACAUCACAAGCGAGAAAAGAUCUCCUCCCCAACUCCCGCUAAAUCCCUGUCCCCAUCUCCCCAAGUGGUGCGGCCCAAGGAACGCUCGCUGUGUUCUACUGACCCCCGCAGGCCAUACCAGGGACUGCAGGACAUGGCACUGCUGGAUUUGGCGCCGAGCAGAGGCGGCAACAACCAGCGGGCCAGCAGCUUGUCCCCAGCCACCGAGCGUCGCUGCAGCAGCAGGCAGGACAAGGACUGCGACAGGGAGAGGGAUAGAGACAGGGAGCGGGGCAGGGACAAGGGCAAGCACCACAAGAGGCACUCCCAGGGCAGAACUAAGGCCAAGGGGGACAAGGGGGCCUCGGUGGGGCAGGCCGAGGGGACUCAGACUCUGGGGGUGUUUGGGGAGAGAGCCGUGGGGGAGGGCUUUGCACAGGAGAGGGAGAACAUGCACGCCCUGGAGGUGACACAGUACUUCUUUGAGGCGGUGUCGACCCAGAUGGAGCACUGGUAUGAAAGGAAGAUCCAGGAGGCCAGGUGGCAGGCGGACCAGCGGGCUCAGGCAGACAGGGCUGCCCUGGUGGAGAGGAUCACCUACCUGGAGGACGAGCUACGCAUGCUCAGGACUAACAGGCACGACGAUAGCUAACACAGGGACACCACUGCAGAGUAUAGAGCUACACCUCCAGAACAGCAAAAAUCAUCAUCUGAGCUCAUUACAGAUGGCACCCUGGAUCAACUGACCAAAAAAUUGUCAUUGACUGAAUUUAGCAGAUUUAAUACUUGUGGUAAAUAAUGUCAUGCAACAGUAGAAAAUCAUCUGUAUAGUAACUUAUUUUAAAGACAUGUUAUGGCAUGCCAGACUAUUCAGUAUAAUGUGGUAUUGUUAUUCAUUUGUUUUGGGCAGCUCCUGCGUUUGUGCUUUGUAAAACCCCUAGUAGAUUUACUGAUAGUUAUUUAUAAUGUAUUAUGUCAUGGGGCCAUCACAGAACUGGUACACGCACACACCUGGGCACAAUGUCACGCUGUCAUUAAGUCGACUUGCCAAUACUCCAGUGCUUUUUAUCCUGUGAUGACAUAGCCUGUUAUGUGAAAGAUUCUGGAGGUUUGCUUGUGGAAAAUGUGGGUCAUUUUUUUGUGACGUUCUUAAUGUGUAUAUUCAAUGAGUAGAGAAAGACAAACGCAGACAGCAGAAAUAGUUGAGGUAACCAGGAUGCUUAACAUAUCAGUAGAAUACGCUACUGCAAGCUUUCAUACAGGUAUGUGACUUACAAGGGUAACAGAACUCAAGAGAAUACAGCCAAACUGGCAAUGUCUUAACUAUUCAUAACCUUUACUCCAACCCACUAAUGUAUGUUUCUUUAAUGGUAAAAACCAUAACAUCCUACAGCUUGUCCUUAGCACUAAAAUGAGGUACUGUUAAGAAGAACCUGUUUGCAUGGUGGAAAGUCCAUUUUUAAUCGUCUGAAAUAUACCCGUGCAAACAGUA